ACGUUCUUACCUCGAAACAAGGAUCGUGUUGUCUUCGGCUAUGCUGAGUACUUUCUGCUACUAAGCGUUCCCCGUUCUCUCUCCGAUUCUUUUCAUCUCUCGCGCUGUCUUGUCGCUUGUUGGAGUUCGGCGUCGGCAGGGGCAAGAAGAUGCUUUUCCUUGGAGGGAGGAAGCAGCGGAAGACGGUGAGAUGAUUAGCUGAAUCUGAGUCGGGGAGUCGUGGGGAGGGGGAGAGGGAGUGGGAGAGGAAGGAGGAGGCGUGGCUGAAGUGCUGGUGUUUGGUGGGAUCAGUCAUGUCGCAGAACAACUGGGAAGCUGAUAAAAUGCUGGAUGUAUAUAUUUAUGAUUAUCUGAUGAAAAGGAAUUUGCACGCCUCUGCAAAGACGUUUCAAGCUGAAGGGAAAGUUUCUUCAGAUCCUGUUGCAAUCGAUGCACCUGGUGGUUUUCUUUUCGAAUGGUGGUCAGUUUUCUGGGAUAUUUUUAUUGCAAGAACAAAUGAAAAGCACUCCGAUGUUGCUGCAUCAUACAUCGAGACCCAACUUAUCAAAGCACGAGAACAGCAGCAGCUGCAACAGCAACAACAGCAGCAGCAACAACAGCAACAACAACCUCAGCUGCAACAACAAGACCAGCAACAGCAGCAGCAGCAGCAGCAGCAACAACAACAGAUUCAAAUGCAACAACUUUUGUUACAGAGGCACGCACAGCAACAACAACAGCAACAACAUCAACAGCAACAGCAGCGCAGAGACGGAGCUCAUCUUCUCAAUGGUGCAGCAAAUGGGCUUGUUUCUGGAGAUCCUUUAAUGCGUCAGAAUCCUGGAACUGCUAAUGCUUUGGCAACAAAGAUGUAUGAAGAGCGGCUGAAGUUGCCUCUCCAAAGGGAUUCUGUAGAUGAUGCAUCUAUAAAGCAAAGAUUUGGUGAAAAUGUUGGGCAGCUUCUUGAUCCAAACCAUGCUUCAAUGUUGAAAUCCUCGGUGACAUCUGGCCCACCUUCAGGGCAAGUUUUGCAUGGUUCUGCUGGUGGUGUUGUGGGUCCACUGCAGCAAGUGCAGGGUAGGAAUCACCAACUUCCUCCAACACAAGAUAUCAAAACUGAGAUGAAUGCUGUAUUGACUCCCAGAGUCUCAGGUGCUGAUGGCUCAUUAAUUGGAAUGCCAGGAACAAAUCAGGGAGGAAACAAUUUGACUUUAAAAGGAUGGCCUCUAACAGGUCUUGAUCAAUUACGCUCUGGAAUCCUGCAACAACAGAAGUCAUUUAUGCAGUCCCCUCAGCCUCUGCAUCAACUUCAGUUCCUGAGUCCUCAGCAACAGCAACAGCUACUGCUUCAGGCACAGCAAAACUUGACCUCUCCUGCAGCUGGUGAUGUUGACAGUAGAAGACUUAGGAUGUUGCUGAACAAUAGAAAUUUAGUUCUUGGAAAAGAUGGGCAAGCAAACUCUGUUGGUGAUGUCAUUCCAAAUGUUGGAUCCCCACUGCAAAGUGCUUGUCCAGUUUUACCACGUGCAGAUACAGAUAUGCUAAUGAAGAAGAUAGCUCAAUUUCAACAGCAGCAACAGCAAAGCAGCAGUCAUCAGCAACUACUUCAACAACAUGCCAUAUCAAGUCAACAUUCACAGGGUUCAAGUCACCAUCAUCAUCAGCAAGAGAAAAUGGGCACUGGCAUAAAUGUGGACGGAAGCAUGUCAAAUUCCUUUCAGGGAACUGAUCAGACAUCAAAGAAUCCAAGUGGGCGUAAGCGCAAGCAACCUGUUUCAUCGUCUGGACCAGCAAAUAGUUCUGGAACUGCAAACACUGCUGGUCCCUCUCCAAGUUCAGCACCUUCAACACCAUCGACACAUACUCCAGGAGAUGUAAUGUCAAUGCCAUCCCUGCAACACAAUUCAAGCUCUACAAAGCCUUUGAUUGUUUUUGGUCCUGAUGGCACUGGAAAUUUAACAUCACCAGCAAACCAGCUGGCUGAUAUUGAUCGAUUUGUUGAAGAUGGUUCACUGGAUGAUAACAUUGAAUCAUUUUUGUCUCAUGAUGACACAGACGCAAGAGAUACUGUAGGUCGUGGCAUGGAUGUGAGCAAAGGGUUCACAUUUUCGGAAAUAAGAUCCACGCGAGCAAGUACAAGUAAAGUAGUUUGUUGCCACUUCUCGUCAGAUGGAAAAUUACUGGCUACUGGGGGCCAUGACAAGAAGGCAGUGUUAUGGUAUACUGACACUUUGAAACCCAAAUCAACAUUGGAAGAACACACUUUGCUGAUAACCGAUGUUCGAUUCAGUCCAAGCAUUGCACGGCUAGCAACGUCGUCUUUUGACAAAACUGUAAGGGUUUGGGAUGCUGACAAUCCAGGAUAUUCGCUUCGCACUUUUACAGGGCAUUCUGCAUCUGUUAUGUCUUUGGAUUUUCACCCAAAUAAAGAUGAUCUCAUAUGCUCCUGUGAUGGGGAUGGUGAGAUACGCUACUGGAGCAUUAAAAAUGGUAGUUGUGUCAGAGUUUUCAAGGGUGGGACAACUCAGAUGAGAUUUCAACCUCGUACUGGAAGAUGCCUUGCAGCUGCUGCUGAGAAUGUUGUGUCAAUAUUAGAUGUUGAGACCCAAGCAUGCCUUCAUCAAUUGCAGGGGCAUGCAAAACAUGUUGAUUCUGUAUGUUGGGAUCCUUCUGGUGAGCUUGUUGUUUCAGUUAGUGAAGACUCGGUCAGGGUAUGGUCUCUUGGUUCAGGAAGUGAAGCAGACUGUGUACAUGAAUUGAGCUGUAAUGGAAACAAGUUCCACUCAUGUGCUUUUCAUCCCACAUAUCCAUCUUUGCUGGUCAUUGGUUGUUACCAGUCUCUCGAGCUAUGGGAUAUGAAUGAAAGCAAAACAAUGACUCUUCCGGCACAUGAAGGGCUUAUCGCAGCCUUGGCUGUUUCGAAUGUGAAUGGAUUGGUUGCUUCUGCAAGUCAUGACAAGUUCGUCAAACUAUGGAAAUGAACUUAAAAAGGUUGGUGGUUCCAACAGCUAUGAAGCAUGGUAUGUUUUCUGUUGCCAGGGCAAAUGUGGUUGCUAGCCUUCUUAUAUGUGACAUCAAGGGGAAUGUUUUUUGUUGGUGUAGGUGGUGGUCUAUGUUUAGAUAUUGUCCUUGUUUUUGUCCCGCUCUUAUGUUUCUCCUCUGCUAGAGGUAUUGGUUAGAAUAGGGAGGAGGCUUCAUAGUUUUGUAUCUUGUACCCAUCAAUGGUGUGGUUUUGAAUGCCUUCUGUCCGUUCUUUGCGGGUCGCC